GAAACCGCGGUCGAUCAAACUUCCAUGUAUUCAUGAUAUGUCAUCAACUCAAGCUUUAAAUUAAGUGUUCAUGGGUGCAUCAAAACAUUAGUAACUCUUCGUCCUCAUCUCCCAUCUGUAAAUUUUGUAUCGGUUUGAUAUACAAUUAACAUUUGCGUUGCUUCAGAUCUAAGAAGGCUCUGCGUAAUGAUUUUGUCGACCCCAUAUUCAAUCCCUAAUACCUCUUAAGAAUCGUUUGAUUGGAAGCUUUAGUACCUAAAGUCUCGGUAAAUCGACGAUUCGUUUCUAGGUUUGAUUUUAUAAAUCUGAUGCAGAUUCUUACAAAGAAACAAACUUCAAUUGUUCGAACGAUUCACUGCAUCUCCUCUUUUGUGAGUGGCUCCAGUUCUCCUCAUAUGCCUCUUUGUCCUAUGCGACUCCUCUGUCGCCGGCGAUGGUGGUUAAGCCUCUGGGCUCUGAGGCGUUUUUGUUUACACAUUGUGGAUACCAUAAACGCGAAUGCCACGUUCAGUUUGCUGGAAGGGAUCUUCAAGCACCAGGCAUUGUUCUACAACUCGCAAACACAAUUCAUGCCAAGACCUGCAGUUGUGGAAAAAUUAGUCAAACUGGUGACAGUUACAUUAGGUAGCUCAUAUCACUAUCCUCUUAAAUCUGGCUUCCGCAACUCAAAAUCUGAUCUUGGCACUAGAAUUUCCUUCAAGUAUAGCAUUUCAAGAGGAGUUUCCUCAACACCAACCGUCUAUGUGAAUGGGUUCGAGCUGCUUGAUGCUGGUUCUCCCAUAGAUUUUGAAGGAUGGAAAACACCAUUGAUCCUCUGGUUAACCCACGAGAAGUAAAGAUAAAGGACACCUUCCUUUCAUUCCUCACCCAACCAUCUUAUUAGUAGUUCUUUUUUUGUUGUCUCAGACCCACACCUAAUGUACUAGACAUGUUUAACUCUCCACAAUCUGUAUGUAAAGAAGUAAUCAUAAAUGUAUUAUUAGUUUUGAUUUCUAAUAGUUUUGUUUCUUCAGCUAACUGAGAAGAUACCGAAGGAAGUGUAUGCACAGCAAAAGGAAGUCGGGGAUGAAAAAAACACUGAGAAUAUCCCCGUUAGCACCUUCUUUAUUGCGAGUGUUGGAAGAUGUUACUGGUGAUGUUGAUGAGAUCCUAAGCCAACUUGAGUAACAUGUGAGAUUCUUUCUUCUCAAUCGUUUGUGUUUAUAUGACACUAUAUAUGUAAGGUUUGAACAUUAGCUGUAGUUAUGUGAUUAAGAUUAUUUCUAAAUUGGUUGCAUUUGUUUCCGAUAAAAUUGUGUCACACUCUUCAACUUCACACCUAAUGCGCCAUACCUUCACUGUCUCCACCAUCACUGAAGAUAACAUCUUGGAGACCCAUGGCAAGGAGGACGGUGAGAACACUCUUCCAAGCUAAGAUUGGAAACAUCACCUUCGGGGCCGUCUGUUUUGGGAGACAAGGGCAGCGAGGUUUGUGUUACAAACCUAUCAGCCUGUCAACCGUCUUUUCUCCUUGCAAGUUUUCUUAAUGUUCGGAUAUUUUAUUUCCGUUUGUUUUAUUAAUGAAACGUUGACGGGUUCUAAUUCAUACAAGAUUUGCCAGUAGUGUAUUGUAACUUUGAUAAUUUUCUUCACCAUGAAUAAAAAAGACCGUGUAAGCUUCA